AUGUGCACCACCCUCUUCCUGCUCAGCACCUUGGCCAUGCUCUGGCGCCGCCGAUUCGCCAACCGGGUCCAACCAGAGGCCAGUGGACUCGAUGGGGCAGUUAUGGGCAGCAGCUUGGACGCAGGCCUCCAGUCCUCAGACAGGAAGAAAGAGCCUCUGAAAUAA